GAAGGUCGAUGUUCGCUCGUCUCAAAAUUUCCGCUACGACAAGAUCAAGUUGCCAUUGUAUAUUAUUACUGCAAACACAGACCAAGCUAAAUGAUGAUGAAUGAACCACUGGUAAUUAAAGGACUAACCGCGAUUCCUGUGAGUUUGGGUAAAUGUAUUACUCACUUUAUGUAUGCCGAAAAAUUGGGGAAAAAAUCUGUUCUAAUUUACAAUGUACAUCCUUUAAUGGACGCGAAGUCAUUGUUGAAUUUCUUUAAAUUAUUUGGUGAAAUAACUAGUUUACGCUACUCACCACCUGAAGCUCGAUGUGUCUUUGAAUUUAACAAAUCAGAAUGUGUAGAAAAAAUUCUAGUAUCUCCAAUGAAUACAACUUACGAGUUCGAAUUGACCGAUGUUAACAUUCCUGAAUGCUAUUUAUCUCGGAAUCCCGAAUGGAUAAUAGAUUAUCAAAAGGCUAAAAGUGAUUCGGAAGCGAUUCUACAGAAUUAUUUCAAGAAACGUAUGGAAUACAGUAACAAACCUGAUGAUGACGGUUGGAUCACGGUCAGAAAAGGAACGAGACUAUAAUUCGGACUAUAUUUUUACUUCUGCUUCUGUAAAUUUGGUUCAAAUUUGUACAAUAAAUAGUAUUUCAUCAUGAA